CUUCUUCGAACCGAACAUGGCGGCGGUUUCAGCUUUGGCAAAGUUUAAACUGGUGUUCUUAGGAGAUCAAUCUGUCGGAAAAACUAGCAUCAUCACUCGUUUCAUGUAUGACAAAUUCGACACCACUUACCAGCCUACCAUCGGAAUCGAUUUUCUUUCGAAAACAAUGUACCUCGAAGAUCGAACAGUUCGUUUGCAGCUAUGGGAUACGGCUGGACAAGAAAGAUUCAGGAGUCUAAUCCCAAGUUACAUCAGAGAUUCUUCUGUUGCCAUUGUUGUAUAUGAUGUAUCCAAUAGGCAAACGUUUCUGAAUACCUCGAAAUGGAUUGAGGAUGUACACAGAGAAAGAGGUCAAAGCAAUGUUAUUAUUGUUCUUGUUGGUAACAAAACUGAUCUUGUUGAAAAAAGGCAAGUAUCAAUCAGUGAAGGGGAAGAUAAGGGUAAAGAGUAUGGAGUGAUGUUCAUCGAGACCAGCGCCAAAGAAAAUUUCAACAUUAAGGCUUUGUUCCGAAAGAUUGCUGCAGCUUUACCGGGGGUGGACACAUAUUCAUUGGUGACGAAAUCCGAGGACAUGGUUGAUGUGAAUCUAAAGACCACUUCAAAUUCAUCACAAGGUGAGCAACAAGGAGGAGCAGGUGGUGGAGGCGGCUGUUCUUGUUGAUUCAAAAUACAUACUCCAUUUAAGA